UAGUUAACCACUCCUUUAGUUGAACUCAGUUGGUUUAACUCAUUUGUUUUAACUGUGUUAGUUUAACGUUUUUAGAUGGAAGAACAACAACGUUCCGUCGUUCUGCUCGAUAGAACCAUUUUCCAGUUAGCUUUACAAACAAGAGAGCUUUCUCGGAGGAGAGAUGAGCUCACUCUGCAGAUAAAAGCCUGCGGAGCGGACAUCACAGAGAGGAAGUCCUUCACUGAAACAAUGCAUAAACAUAUCAAGGACCUGGAGGAGGAGAUCACCGUGAUGCAGAACACAGUGAAGCAGAUCAAGGACAACGCCAAAAGCAUGAAGGCGAAUAACCGCCUUCUACAACACUAUGAGAUGACCCUGAAGGAAGAACUGGAGAAGAAACAGGAGAACUACAUUCAAGAUAAGAAGGAGUACGAGGAGAGGAUUGCGAGUUACCGGAACGUGUUCCAACAGCACAAAGAGUUUUACUGCAGGAAUCCUCUGGCCAAACAGCUCCUCGCUAUUCAGUCUGAGAAAGAGGACAUUGAGGGGCGGAUUAAGGCUUUGGAGGAUCAGAUAGCCCUGAAACAGGAGGAUGUACUGGGAGCAGCAGUCAACUCCUCCCUCAGCGAGAGCCAAGCAGAAAGCGUCUCUGCCCAGCUGACUGAAGCAGAGCCAGUAGCACAACGCGACCAACAGCCAGAGGUGGAGGCUAGUUUCUCCAUCGCCUCUCUCCAUCUCAACCCCACAGAGGAACCCCUCAGAGAAGUUGAUAACAUAAGUUUGACCGGCGAGGAAAUCUGUGGCGACGCCAUGAACAAGAGAUCGGCCCCAGAAACUCUCUGUUACCCCCCGGGGUCAAACCGGGAGGCCAUGGCUCAGAAGCCUCCAUCAGAUCAGAGGUCCGGUGGUGCAGAGCCAGACCAACAAUGGGGACCAAAGACACAGGAUGAGCCGGCUGGCCUACCAGCAAGAGAGGAGGAGAUGAUGGAGGAGGAGGAGGAGGAAGAGCAGCCACUUCCACUCGCAGAUGAAGAAGGCGAUGCUGUGGAUGAUGAUGAUGAUGAUGAUCAGAGAGACAAUGCCCCACCUCAUUCCUUCUUAUCUCCCAUGAUCCAGCCUCAAUCUGCACCGGGCCGCAUGAAGCUGGUCCCAUCCACCCCCACCUUCUCCAUCAACAGCAGCCCCAGCGUCUCCCCGGGCCCUGUCUCCUCCCACCGCAAGUCCCCCACCUUCCUGUUCUCCACCACCUCCGAUCCCAGCACCCCCAGUUUCUCUGGGUUUGGAUUUGACAUGGGUUCUGCUCAGGAAGAGGACUCCCCGUUCGCCUUCACCAGCUCAUAUUUCAGUGGAAAGAAGGGCGACUCUGAAUCCCCCAGUGCAGGCCCAGGGUUUCUGUUCAAUGAAGCCCAGAGACCAGAGGGCGAGUUCCACUUUUCCUUCUCCUCUAAAAGACCUGUGGGGAGCGGAGCCAGCCAAGACGAGCCGGCCAAGGAGGAGGUGUUCCCCUUCUCCUUCACUUACAGCUGAACAGGAUCUUUAAAUACCUGAGACUACAGUUCUUAGAUGUCGGUCAUUUGCAUCGGGUUUAAUAGGUUUAGUUUGCCCUGAAAAAAAUUGAA